GGAAAGAGUUAAUCAAGCAAGUGGCAUCGGUAAUGUCAGAGGUUCAAAAAACUAAUCCACAACAAUUUCCACCCAGCCACUCUCCAGCAGUAUCUAGGGGUAUAUUGAAAGAGGGAAAAAGUAACGAUUCUGGGUCUACAGCUAGUUCUACUUCAACUCCAGUAACAACAGGACAAGCUGCUUCAGGAAGUGGAUCAAAUACUUCAACUGCUUCACCUCAGAAGAAGAAGGGAAGAAAAG